AGUAAGGUGGUUUGAAACAUUAAAAAGUAAGCAGACACGUUUGCAGAAAAGAUCAAUUUCUCAACCUGGACAAGCUGGAUGUUUUGAGGGUGUGUCAGGAUGAGGUAACCGUAGCAACUGGAAACUGCUGAUACUACCAUUGCCAUGGCGUUCAGUUCCGUUCUACAGAUGUACCUGGGCUGGGCCAACAGUCUUCUAUGCGAGCAUGGCAUCCUCAUUGAUGGUUUACAUCAACUCAGGGACGGGACGAUAUUCUGUCAUCUUAUUGAGCUCCUUACUGGGACACAACUUCUCCCACCAGAACAAGCUGAUCUAUCAGAUUCUGACGAUGGCUUUGCUCUGGACACAGUACAAGGUGUUCUGGAUUUCUUGUCUGGUUUGGGUGUGAAAGUCAGCGUAUCAGCAAAAGGUGUUGUUCAUGGUGAGCUGAAGAGUAUCCUGGAUGUGAUGUGGUCCAUCAUCUUACAUUGUACCAUCCAUUCUACAGAGCGUGCCUCAUACCAGCGUACGGUGCGCAUCGGUCGUAAAUUACUCCUACAAUGGUGCAGUGAGGAGCUGAGUACCAGUAUUGAUACCAACAAAAGCAUGGCGUCUGUAUUUGCUGGAAACAACCUCCUCUCAGACCUCCUCGCCAAUCACUGCUAUUUUGAAAACAACAAAAACAACCGGGAGCGUUACGUUGUGAAUCUCACCAAUGGAAUCUUAGCCACGGAGGAUCAUUUUGGAAUAACAAAGACACUACUUGGACCGGCUGAUGUAAUCAAUGGUACAUCCGAUGAACAUUCCUUAAUGAUUUACAUUGCUUUACUGCGAAGAAAGGCUAGCAUGUUGACUUCAAGACAUGGCACGUUAUCCUCGGACGAAGACGAAUCUAUUAAAAUAUCUCCCAAGAAACAGUCUCCAAACACAAGUAAACUAUCAUUGGGUAAUUUGGCACACAGUGAGCGCUCUUCCACCACCUUCUCCCAUUUGUUAACUCCACAACCUCCCCACAAUCGCUACGCCCCGGACCUCUCCUCCUUAAGUUACAAACCACCAUCUGUGGCGUCAUCGCAGAGUCGAACGACGACCCAAGACAUCACACCAGAGAAAAGCGACUCUGGGAUCUCAACAUCAGCGGAUGCUCCUUCCCUUGCAUCUUCAAGUCUUCCGAGUGUGACGUCUUCCAGGACCCUGGGAGAGCAGCGACUAGACUGGCGAGAAAACGGAGACGCUGUCUCAGCUGGCAACGCGAGACAUUCCCGCGAAGACAAAUACAGUACAAAAGAUACGCCUUAUGGGGCUCCAUCUUCAGUGAGAACGGAACCAAGAUUUCCAGAGAGAAGAGCUGAUGAUGCUAGAGAUAUUGUCUCAAGGAGAACAGACCUAAGUCUUCAUAAUGUUGAGAUGAUGAAGAACUCAUCCUUCUCAGGGCUUCCUAAUGGUUCAUCGAGACCGCAAGACAUUAAGAUACAGGGUAGGACCUCCUCAAGUGGGAUGAAAGAUACAAGUGAGAUGGGGAGAGAUGAGCAAGAUGCUGAUGAGAGGACGAGACAAGGUGAAGCGGUUGAUAAGAUCAAUACCUCUAGAGUACAAGGAAAUGGAGUUGUCCUCACCCCUGACGAUGAGCUACUUCAUCUUCUGGAGACCAUCGGCGAGGAGAGUCAACACCUACGCCUGGAGCUGAGUGAAACCAAGCAACGAGAAGCUAUCUUGAAGACACAGCUUGAGGAGGAGACGGUCGGCAGUCAGGAGGAGAAAGUCAUCUCCAAGCUGGUCCAAGAGCUUGAGAUGCUCAGAACUGAAAACCGUAGACUCUUUCGGGAAUCGGCGACCUCUAAGAAUGCCAACGCACAGGAUCGGAAAGCAAUGGAGAAGUUGAAUACGACCAUCACGAAGUUGCAGACUGAAGUUGAGCAUUUGAAUGCGGAGAAUUUCAACCUGAGGAUGAAAUCAAAGGUUGGGAGCGAUGUGGGAUCGGUAGAGAUAAGAAGAGGGAGUGACGCGAAGAGUUUGCCCGCAGCAACUGAGGAGGAAGAACGCUCAUCAAGAUUUCAGGACUCGGAUUCUUACGAUCUUAAAAGACAAGUUGCUAGGGCUGAAAGUAAAGGAGAGUUCCUUCAAGCUAGAUUGAUGGAGAUGGAGGAAGAAAUGACACGGAAACUAAACCAAGCCAGUGAGGAUCUGAAGCUCACAAGGCACGAGAAUCUACGUCUUGAGAAAGAAUGUAAGCUGCUAAGGAUGAGCAAUGAAACAAGUCACUUGGAGGUGGAGACAGUCGCUGGACGUUGUCGGCGCCUUGAGGAGUAUCUUGCCCACGCCCAGAAACGAAACACUCGAUUAGCUCAGCAACUUGAUGAUGAAGCUUUCAAAGCAUUGUCUCAAGACAGACGAGACCAAAGUCGUGUAGUGAUGGCAAGACUUGAGGAGGAGAGUACCCUCCUGAAGGAGAAACUUGGCUUAGCGGAAGAGGAGAGAGGACUUCUGAAGCAUGAGCUAGCUCACUAUCGCCAGAAUAAGACGACCCUAGAUGAAGUCUUAAGAGCUUGGGACGUCCAAACUAGUAACAAGUUCCAGUCCUUUGUGGAUGAUUUUAGGCUUCCUGUCAAUGAGCAAAGAGAACCCGAAGAGACCCGGAGGUCCAGGAAUCCUGAAAUAAAACCCGAGGGGACAGAAGUCAAAACUCGGGAACUUCAGGAAGUAAUGCAUUCAUCUUGUGUUACUUCAUCGAGUACAAAGGAGAAUACACAACAGGUGUCUAUCAAACAGGCAACAGCUGCCUCAAGCUUACCAUCCAAGGCAGAACUUAAGCUGGCUGUUGAUGAUGAGGUAGGGUCGAAGGAACUCAAAGCCGCCAUUGACGACAAGUACUUACAAACCAGCCCCUCGAGAAGAGACUCUGAUACAGAGGUAGACUCGGAGAUGGAAUCACAAACCACCGAUGAUACCUUCUCAGAUCUCCCAAGUGGAUACUCUGAGAAGGCAAGAAUAGAAGCAGGAGGGGUUGCUAAGACGGCUUCAUCUGAGGCAUACAGGAGGCCCAGCUUGGGAGAUCUGAUUGUAGCUAAAUCACAACCUGAACGUAACGAAAAACCUCCAAACCAAGAAAUCCAAGAUAGAUCAGACUCGGUGAUGUUGUCUCGUGUUUCGAAUGAAGACAAACUUAAUGAUCGGGAUGUUGUUAAGAAAGAAAGUGGGACAAAUUCUAUUCUAGGUGCUUCUGAAGCAAACACCACCAGCGUGCCUCCUGCUCGGAGUCAUUUGACAGGAAGGACAAGAUUCAGUGCCGUCAACGCUAGUAUUGAGACUCUCAGAGGAAUCACACAGAAAGCUAAGUUGGUCCCAGAGAGAAAGCUACCUUCUGAGGAAGGUACAAUCCCAAAGGAGGUAGGAAAGAGCGAUGUCCAGACAAGAGAUGCUGAGGGAACACGAGAUGGAGAUCAAGUUGCUUUGAAGACGGGAGAAGAUGAUUUGAAGAUUGACGCAAACGGAGGAACCGCAAUCACAAAUGGGUUUAGUUUGAAUAGCUCAAACUUGACAACAAACGGAGGUAGUUUUGAUUCACAAAGUCUUCCUGAAAAAGAUCCCUCAUCGUCGUUCAUGAUUCGUCAGAGGUUAAGCCCAGCACGAGGGCGCUUCUCAAGAUGGAGGAGGCUGCAGAGUAGUCGAUUCCAACCGGCGCUUGACGGGUCUUACCUCGAUGAAAACAGAGCGAGCUCUGAAUCUCUUCACAAGAUGCCGGCCGAUCGAAUACCAGACUGGAGAAACCGAAGUCAUAGUUUAACCAGCUCUCUGAAUCUAAAACCUGCCUCAAGCCUUCCUUCGUUGCAUCAGCAAGACUCUGUCCACUCUGAGAUGGGAUCCAACAGCUUCGAGUCUGAAGAGGAAUACGCAUCCCUUCCAGACCGCCGCAACAUUGUCUUAGGAACAGGAGGGGGAGAUGCUAAAGAAACAACCAAAAGAGAAGGAGCAAACAGGAAGGACGUGAGUAAGAAAUCUCUUGGCAGGGACAGAGGAGAUGGGGACACGAGUACUCAAGAGGAAAGACUUGGCUCAAGAGCGGCGCCAGCGGGAAGCGUCAGUAAACCACAGUUCUCAUCACCGCAGAGGUUGGGCUUCUUAAGAUCCAAGCUCGGCAUCAAACUCGAGAGGGAGCUUCUCAGUCCAAGGAGCAUGCUGAGAAAAACUUAUCUCGAUGAUACCAACCUGGCUUCUACUACGUCUUGUGCAGAUGGUCCAAAGCUACAAUCGACCAAUGUGAAUCGCUCGGAUGAACAAUCAACCAAUCAAAUGCAUUCGUCAAAACCUGAAGCUCCUCCAUCUGGAUUAUCAAACGGGAAAGACGAUGAGAAUAAAUCCAAUGAAGAGAACACCUCCAAGACGCCUUUGGAGACAGAAGGUAAGACAUCCGUCUUACAAACGAGCAGCCCUGAUGUCUCGGAGCUUUCUCCUGCAUCUUACAAUCGCUUCUACAAACAUAAGAUGUUGGGUGAGAAAGAUCAAGAGUUAGCAAACAGCAUCAUUGAUAAGUAUCUCAAUACAUUCUGAGAUGGUUUAAUUGUCAAAAAUGCAGUCUAAAUUUGUUGAGUGCCACGGUCGUACAUGCUGAGUCUAUUUUAUGUAAUCUUGAAGCGCCGUCAUGAAUACAAGUACAAUCUUGUUUAUGUUCUCAAAAAGUUACAUAAACUGUCGUACGACCCACAUGCUUUUACUAGAGGGCUUAAUAACUCAAGAAAUACUAUUGACUUUGGGGUUUACCAAGGCAUCAGCAAGAUACAUUUUGUUAGGUGAGAAAAACUUAUUUAUUUUUUAUUUAUACAGAAUUUCAAAAAAGAAAACUCUAAAAAGUGGGCAUUUUGGGUCAAAAACAACAAUUUUCUUGAAGAAAAGCAGUCAGCAAAGGGAAUAUGAAAUUUGUAUCCAAACCUUGGUUCCGGUGAUGCACAGAGUCUGUAAACCUCCUGAAUUGUAACAUCUGAGAGGUUCUGAGUCUAGCUUUUACAUUUGCCAAAUCUCUUACCUGGAAACAUUAAAGGCACAGACUGUUUUCAUCCUUCAUCUAAAACUGCCAUUUUACGUAUGAAGUUUGGAAAUUUUGUUUAUUAUUUAUUUUGGGCAGGGGUGGGGAUGGGUUUUUUGUACCAAAUAAACGGACAUUUAGUUGGUAAGAGCAGUGCAUGAACCAUUUAAAGCUCUAUAGUAUUUGAUUGCAUGUUUUGUGAUUGCAUGGAAUUGUGCUUAAA